GACAAUUAAGGUACUUAAUUGUUACUCAGAAAUGAUUUGAUAUUGAGAUAAGAACAGCUGCAUUGGACCUUUAAUGGACAGAUAACUGAUAGUAAACAACUUAAAUUAGGUACAUGGGAAGAAGAGUCAUAUGGAGUUCCUUCCCUAAAUACUCUUUCCUCUAUGACUACGUUGAUCAAGGACGUUGACAUUCAUAAUGGGGUUAGCCUAUUAGUCAUGUCCUCAGCCUCUUUUGACCCUCAGAUUUGAAAUGCAAGCUCAUCAAUGAAUAAUCAGUGAAACAGCUCCCUAGUGCUUUUCAUAAUGAUUUCAGUAGUUUAACAAAAAAUUACUCAUUAAUUUGAUGAUAAAUAGUUAACUCUCUGUUACACAACGCUGCAUCAAUGAAUGUCUUUGUAAUUGUCAUGUGUGAAAACAGGCAGUUCUCCAUGUCUUCAAAUAAUUCAAUUAAACAGGAGGAUAAAAAUUGAGAUUAUCUCUCUUAUCUCUGCCCAUCAACACAAGAUUAUGUCUUUGUGGUAACAUAGCCUACAAUAUGAUGUUUUUUUGUCUAUCUGCGUUCUUGUCUCAUUGUCUGGACUGGUGAUGUAAAGAAAUGUUCAAUGGCCGUCAUGUGUAGGCUGUGUCCAGUUCAACAGCUGUUGGUCGGUCACAGAGACAUAAGUGUGCAGAAUAAACCCACUGCCCUUGUAUUAUGUAAUGCAGUUUCCUCAUGUGAGUAUGAGGCAGUCCCUGCCUGAUCCAUCUGCCAAAGUCUCUCUGGUAAGAGGGAAAGCUGGUUUAAUAUGAUUAUUUCUGCAGAGGGUCAAUAUACCACUAUCAAAGCUGCUCCUCCUUCAGAGACAGAUGGCAAUCUCACUCUGUCUAUGCUACCUAACCUCACAAACAAAAGCAUUCUCCUGCUUUGUGGUCAGACAAGAAAAGCAAUUUUCAGGACUGUGAAUGCCUAUCUUGUCACAGUUUAUAUUAUGAGUCCCUAAAACGGUGUUUUCAAUGAUAGACAACACAAACAGGUACAGACUGUGUGUGUGUGCGUGGGUGCAUGGGUGCACUCGUUGUGUGUACGCGUCGUGUGUGUGUGCUUCCACCCUGCAGAAAAUCGACCCGCAGCUGGAUGAGUUUUUCCAGUCUCUGCGCAGGAAAGUGAAGAUCGGCAUAGUGGGCGGAUCAGACUACUCAAAGAUCGCAGAGCAGCUGGGGGAGGGAGAUGAAGUGAUACAGAAGUUUGACUAUGUGUUUGCUGAGAAUGGCACGGUGCAGUACAAAGAUGGGAAGCUCCUUUCCAAACAGGCCAUCCAGAACCAGAUAGGAGAGGAACUACUACAGGACCUCAUUAACUUCUGUCUCAGCUACAUGGGGCUGAUCAAGCUGCCCAAGAAAAGGGGCACCUUUAUCGAAUUCCGCAACGGAAUGCUGAACAUCUCCCCCAUUGGCCGGAGCUGCACACUUGAGGAACGAAUCGAAUUCUCUGAAAUCGACAAGAGAGAGAAAAUCAGGGAGAAGUUUGUUGCGGCCCUGCAGGAGGAGUUUGCUGGGAAGGGUCUACGAUUUACCAGAGGCGGUCUCAUCAGUUUUGACGUGUUCCCUGAAGGCUGGGACAAGAGCCUCUGUCUGGACGUGCUGGAGGGGGAGGGCCUGGACGCUAUCUAUUUCUUUGGCAACGAGACGUCGUCUGGGGGCAACGACUAUGAGAUCUUCAACGACCCGCGCACCAUUGGUUUCACAGUGUACUCACCAGAGGACACAGCCAGGCACUGUCGAGAAAUUUUCUUCAAAGCUGAUGAGUCGUGAUGAGUCGUGCAGAAGGCACACUCCCAGUCAGCUUCCCUUGGGCUCCCCCUGUUGUUCAGGGCAGGUACUAAGAGCACCUGGAGGAGAAGAGGUGGAGAUGGGAGUCAUACCACUACAGACUUUUUAAAGUAAUCAAUUCAUUGUUGUUGUAUGAUAUUAUUCUAACUAGCACUGGACACAUAAAGGGAUCAUUAGUAAUUCACAUUGGCUGGACUCCCAUGGAAAUUUACUAUGAGAUGUGGACAGAGGCAGCGCCAGUUACUAAUCAACAGAUCUGGGGUUUUUUAAAGGAUGGUAGCUCAAACAAUGUGAGGAAGUGUACUAAUGUUUUCAGUUUUUAUCAUGACUAAGUGUUUCUCUAAGGUUUUAAUCUAUCAAGCCAAUGGUUUUUGUAGCAUGUCCCUGUAUUUGUAUGUAACGUCAAAUUAACCUAAAUGUCUUAUAGGCCCACCUGUAAGACAAUCCUCUUUUGUGAAUAUCAUGUGAAGAUGUAUAUACAUUUUGAGUAUAUCAUGUAAAUACCCACUUAUGUUUUGCACUAAUAUUGAUACAGUUACCUGACAAACUGGGUUUUGAAUAAUUUGUUUUCUUUAUGAAUGUAGUGAGUGAUUAGUGUUGUCUCUGAACACUGCACAAUGAAAUGGAGCGAGAGAAGAGAGAGGUUUUUUGCUCUGUGCCUGUCCACUGAGAUAUGAGAUUAAUGACACAUACAGUGCCUAUAGAAAGUCUACACCCCCUUGAACUCUUUUCAAAUUUUGUUGUGUUACAAAGUGGGAUUGAAAUAGAUUUAAUUGUAAUUAUUUGUCAUUGAUCUACACAACAUACUCCAUAAUGUGAAAGUGAAAAUACAAUUCUACGAUUUUUACAAAUUAAAUAACUAAAAUAUC